AUGAACUUGUAUUUUAGUGAUGAAGAAAUUCAAAAUUCACCAUCAAGAAAGGAUGGAAUAUCAUUUGAAAUUGAAGAUAAUUUAAGAAGAUAUGGAACAGAGGUAAUUCAAGAAGCUGGUAUAUUAUUGGAAUUACCACAAGCAACAACAGUUACAGGACAGGUUAUAUUUCAAAGAUUUUAUUGUAGAAAAUCAUUAAAAGAAUAUGAUGUAAAAACGUUAGCAAUGGGAUCACUCUUUGUCUCUACUAAGUUUACAGAACCACAAAGAAAGAUUAGAGAUAUAUUAAAUGUUUUCACCUUAAUUUGGCAAAAAAAAGAAGGUUUACCAAUAGACUAUAUUGAUACAACUAAACAGGCAUAUUGGGAUUUAAAAGGUGAUGUUAUUGCAGCAGAAUUUGAUAUUUUAAAAGAGUUUGGAUUUUUAAUGUACGUUGAUUUACCACAUAAAUAUAUUUUAAAUUAUAUGAAACUGUUAGAAAGAAGUAAAGAAUUGGCUCAAAAAUCAUGGAAUUAUUUAAAUGAUUCAAUGAGAACCACUAUUACAAUUCAAUAUAAACCUGAAUCAAUUGCAGCUUCUUCUAUAUUUUUAGCAUCAAGAAUAUUAGGUACACAAUUACCUGAAGAACCUUAUCCUUGGUGGGAAUUAUUUGACACAACUAAAGAGGAAAUUGAACUCAUAUCUUUUGAAAUUAAUAAUUUAUAUUCAAAACCAUCUGCGUAUUAUAUCGAUGUUUUUAACCCAACAAAUUCAGAAGCAGCUUCACCAAUUACUAAUACUACCUCAACAACAACUACUACAACAACAACUACUGCAACAUAA